AUGGCAGCGGCUUCAGAUAAGACAGCCGCCACUGCACUGAAACAGAAGGGAAACAAAGCCUUUGCAGAACAUGACUGGCCCACGGCGAUUGAUUUCUACACAAAAGCAAUCGAGAAAUACGACCAAGAUCCUUCCUUCUUCUGCAAUCGAGCGCAGGCAAAUAUCAAACUCGAGGCGUACGGCUAUGCUAUCGCAGACGCCACAUCGGCCAUCGAGCUCGAUAAGGAUUACGUCAAGGCAUACUGGAGAAGAGCUAUUGCGAACACUGCCAUCCUCAAUUCCCAAGAAGCCGUUCGAGAUUUCAAGAUUGUGGUUAGGAAAGAGCCAAACAACAAGGAUGCCAGACUCAAGCUGUCAGAGUGUGAGAAACUCCUCAAGAAGAUCCAGUUCCUCAAGGCGAUCGAAGUCAGCGAUCCUCCUUCGGCCUUUGAAGGUCUCGAUAUCAACUCGAUAGAGGUCGACCAGUCCUACGAUGGAGUACGGUUAGAAGAAGAAAUGACACAAGAAUUCAUCGACGACAUGAUAGAGCGCUUCAAGAACGGCAAGAAGAUCCACAAGAAAUAUGUGUUCCAGAUCAUCAAAGCCGUACGAGAUAUUGUGUACGAUGAGAACACCAUGGUCGAGAUGGAAGUUGAGCCUGGUACACAACUGACGAUAUGUGGUGACACCCAUGGACAAUACUUUGAUCUCCUGGAGAUUUUCCGGCUCAGCGGCUUCCCCACCGAAAAACACUCGUAUCUCUUCAACGGUGAUUUCGUAGAUCGUGGAUCAUGGUCUACCGAAAUCGCGCUGCUCCUCUACUCGUACAAGUGGCUGCGACCCAAACAGUUCUUCUUGAACCGAGGAAACCACGAGACAGACGAUAUGAAUCGGGUGUAUGGAUUUGAGGGCGAAUGCAAGGCCAAGUACAACGAGAAGACCUUCAAGCUGUUUUCCGAAUCCUUCUCUGCUCUCCCCUUGGCUACCCUGGUUGGCAAGAAGUAUCUGGUUCUACACGGUGGUCUGUUCUCAGACGACAAGACCACUUUGGACGACAUUCGCAAACUCGAUCGUCAUGUCCAGCGACAGCCUGGUCAGCAAGGCUUGAUGAUGGAGAUGCUAUGGACUGAUCCUCAGACUGAACCCGGACGCGGACCCAGCAAGCGAGGAGUUGGCUUGCAGUUUGGACCUGAUGUGACGAAACGCUUCUGUGAGAACAAUGGUCUCGAGGCAGUCAUUCGAAGCCACGAGGUCAGAAUGGAUGGCUACGAGGUGGAACAUGAUGGCAGGUGUAUUACCGUAUUCUCCGCUCCCAAAUAUUGCGAUACGACCGAGAACAAAGGUGCUUACAUCAACGUUGGGCCUGAAUUGAAGCUUGAAUAUCAUCAAUUUGAAGCAGUACCCCACCCCGACAUCAAGCCAAUGGCUUACGCAAAUAAUUCCUUGAUGUCGGGCAUGUAA